AAACUAAAAUCGAUUGUAGAACAAUGUGUUUGUAUUUGUAUCAGUAAAUGCACAUACACUAUCGAAAAUUAUCAAGGCAGAUAACGUUACACACGUCACGCCAGUUUAUUCAUAUUCAGUAAACUGGUAGUGAGCUAGCUAACUUACUUGGCUAGUUUAGAGCUAGCUAACUUUGACAGCUAGGGACAAUAAUAUUUACUUUACGCUCGUUUUAUUAUUUAAUGCUAACACAUUCUUGCUGCUUGCUGGUUAAAUCGGCUCAAAGUUAGACUACUAAUGUUAGCGACCAUCUGUCUGACGUUAAAUAAGUUCGUUAAGCUAAAUGACUUAGCUAGCCUAGCUCUAUGUCUGGCAACUGCAAGUUUGUAGCUGCACAGUUCUCUCAAUUUGCUCAUAUAUUGGCAAUCCAUUGUAUUUUUGUGGAUUGUGCCGCUGAUUAAUAGCAGUAAUGUUGUAGAAGCUCGUUGCUUCGAGUUAAGUUACACGGCAAGUUCUCGAGAUCUCCUGGUAACAACGUCACGAGUUGGCUAGUCGUAGGUUAGGAAUUUACUGGAUGAUUGUUGAGUAGUAGCUAGCUAGUAUGGGCAGUGUGUUAGCUGCCACUACCCCAAAUCCCCCCCCAGCUGCGGGGGGUAGUGGUCCAGGCGGGCCAGGAUUGGUAUCCGUGCCCCCUGGGUUCACCAUGCCUCCUGUGACCCCCCUCCUGCCCUCCUCCAGCACUGGUGCUGGCAGCUCCAGUGAGGUGGAAAACACCCUCCCCAACCCUGGCAGCUUUGAAGAAUGCCACCGCAAGUGCAAAGAACUCUUUCCCGUGCAAAUGGAAGGAGUGAAGCUGGUGGUCAACAAGGGCCUGAGCAACCACUUCCAGGUGAAUCACACAGUCGUUCUCAGCACUGUGGGAGAUUCCAGCUAUCGGUUUGGUGCCACCUACGUGGGCUCCAAGCAGACGGGACCUGCGGAGUCCUUCCCAAUUUUGGUUGGAGAUAUGGACAGCAGUGGCAGUCUCAACGCCCAGGUCAUACAUCAGCUCGCCAGCAAAAUCCGGUCCAAAGUGGUUUUACAGACGCAGCAGCAGAAGUUUGUGAACUGGCAGUGUGACGCAGAGUUUCGGGGUGAUGACUUCACAGCUACCGUCACCCUCGGCAACCCAGAUGUCCUUGUUGGUUCUGGCAUCGUGGUGGCGCACUACCUCCAGUCCAUCACGCCCGCCCUGGCCCUCGGAGGGGAGCUGGUCUAUCACCGCAGACCUGGGGACGAGGGGACCGUCACGUCCCUGGUGGGCCGGUACACGGGAGUUAAUUACGUGGCCACAUUGACAGUGGGUGGAGCCGGGGCUCACGCCUCCUACUACCACAAAGCCAAUGAUCAGCUGCAGGUAGGGGUGGAGCUUGAAGCCAGUACUCGGAUGCAGGAGACCAGUGUGUCCUUUGGCUACCAACUGGAUGUACCAAAAGCCAACCUGCUCUUCAAAGGUUCAUUAGACAGCAACUGGAUGGUGGGAGCGACUCUGGAGAAGAAGUUGCUCCCUCUACCCCUGUCCCUGACCCUGGGUGCUUUCCUCAACCAUCGCAAAAACAAGUUCCUGUGCGGCUUUGGCGUCACCAUUGGAUAGAGGCCUCGCAGUCCCACUCCUCCCGCAUGUCUGUCCCGAGAGAAACAAGGCCACUAAAGACUCGGACUCGGAGAGGUGAAGGGGCGACGGCUGGGCCCUGAGACAGGCCCUCUAACGGCUCCUGACCGGCUGACACACGGGCGUGCAGAGAGGAGGACAGCACCGCACUGAAAGACUCAAAGACGGUUCACAGACCCAGGUUCACAGGGAAAAUAAAUGCCAUCAGAGUGGUGAUGAACGGGGACAGAGUCGGUAGAAAACUGUUUAUUUUGUUUCCAUUUCAGUGUUUGGGGUGUGCAAAGGCCUUUUCUGGUCAGAUGGUGAAGUCAUGGAUACUAUUGUUGGGUGUGGUAGAGCAGCCUGUGCAGGAAAUGGUGGCAUAAUCCAGAUUUAUUUCUUAUUUGUUUCUUUUCUUGAAUAUGUGUGUGUUUUCAAGAGAUGUAUACACUCACUGAGCACUUUAAGUGCACGGGUGUUCCUAAUAAUCAUGCCGUUAUCUAAUCUGUCAAUUGAGUGGCAGCAGUGCAAUGCAUAAAAUCAUGUCGAUACAGGUUGAGGGCUUCAGUUAUUGUUCGCAUCAACCAUCAGAAUGGGCGUGGCAUGAUUGUUAGUGCCAGAGGGGCUGGUUUGAGUAUUUCUGUCACUGCUGAUCUCCUGGGAUUUUCACACACACUCACUAGUCCCCAGAGCAAAGAAUGGUGCAAAAAACAUAAAAAUACAGUGAGUUGAAGUUCUGCAGACAGAAACACCUUGUUCAUGGGAAACGUCAGAGGAGAAUGGCCAGACUAGUCAAAGCUGACAGGAGGUGACAGUAACGCAAAUAACCACACAUUACAACAGUGGUAUGCAGAAGAGCAUCUCUGAACACACAACGCAUCAUAACUCUAAGUGGAUAGGCUACAGCAGUAGAAGUCUAGAAAAUGUCCAAUAAAUACCCAAUAAAGUGCUCACUGAGUGUAUGUACAUAUAUAAGCCGAUAAUCAUAAGUGAAUUGCAUUUCAAAGUUAAAUUGUUUAAUGAAAAUGGAAAUCUUGUAAGCUGAUUCAGAGGGGGGGUGCAUUGUUAUUUAAAUAUUGUGGUACUUACUGCUGUUCAUCAUCACGUCUAUCUUAACAGGUGCUCUAGAACUAGAAUUUUUCAUAUAAAAAAAUAAAGACCACCGCUUUAUUUCAAGAUGCAUGGGGUCAAUAUCCUACAUAACUCCUUUAUCGCACCAUUCUCUGCAAACUCUAGAGCAGAGGUCACCAACCCUGGUCCUGGAGAGCUACUGGGUCUGCUGGUUUUUGUUUUCACCUUAAAAUCAGCACCCUGCUGAGUACCAGGUAACCAGGUGAGGUGAGUUAGCUGUGUAAUCAUCUGCUCUAAUUGAUCAAUUAAGUGCAGAGUAACAGCGAAAACCAGCAGACCCCGUAGCUCUCCAGGACCAGGGUUGGUGACCUCUGCUCUAGAGACUUGUACUUGAUCAGCCAUUUUUGAGCUACAAUCCACCCUGUCUGGCACCAACAAUCAUUCCAUGGUCAAAGUCACUUGGAUCACAUUCUGACAUCAGCUGAACCUCUUGACCACCUCUGCAUGUUUUUAUGCAUUUAGUUGCUGCCACAUGAUUAGCUGAUUAAAUAUUUGCAUUAACAA